AUGUCGUUCGGCCGCAGUGGAGUGUCCGGCCCAGCAACUAAACCGGUCGCCAUGGCGGCUGGGGAGGAGAGGUGGCGGACCGAGGAGGGCAAUAAGAGCCAGAAGGGUGUGUUGGCGCGACUCAGCCUGGCUCGGGCAGGUGGGGUUGGGGCACAGGCGAUUAAUUGGCCGAGCAUAAACGGGGUGCGAGAGAGGCUGGUACCAUCAAAACAGUGGGGAAGACGGCCAGGCAGAAUGGGGAAGCCCGAGGCCGGACCAAUCGGAUUGCGGCCCAUCGACUGUGCGUCAGGUUGGCAAAAACCGGUAGUCGCCGCAAAACCGGAGGAUGUACCAAAUUGCCCAAAAUGUCUCCAAUACCAACGCCUACGAGGCUCCGGUUUGGCCAAACGGAACGAGCGAUUCGAAGCCGGCCUCAGCCUGGUUCUGCAAUUAUGUCAUGACGACUCUUCUGCUUCAAAGCGACAGUCAUGGUGGAUCUGGGUCUGUAGAUUAGAUUAUGCACAACUGGAUGAUUAA